AUGCAAAGGCAGACAGCCAGUAGUUCUGAUGCUGCACAGUUGCUGGCACACAGUGGUUAUGCAGUACCAUUUAUAACCUUUUCUGGCUAUACUUCAUUGUCGAAUGCUACAACUUCAUUUGAGACUACUCAGGGGGAAAUUGAUCCAGGUAUCAGAAACGCUUUGGAAAAACUGCGCAAAAAAGAUUUUUUAACUCGCGAGAAGGGACUAAAGGAACUCACAGUAGAACUUGAAAAUGUUACGUUUGAUAAAACUAAUACAAGUUUUCCCCACUUCGUCUCUAUAUUCCCGAAGCUUAUUAUGGAUGGUAUUCCAUCUAUCCGGGCCCUGAGUCUUCGAGUUUUAAAAGUGUAUAUACAGGUUUUAAAGAAGGCUUGCGAAAAGUACUUGAAAGAUAUAUUGCCUUAUGUUUAUUUUGCUCUGAAUGAUACGUAUGCAUUGGUGUCAGAAAACGCAGUUGCAUUGUUAGAUACUUUCCCCUCAAAGAGUAAGGCCUUUGAAAUCAGUAUUAAUCCUUCGCUAGAACUUGCUAUGCAGAUCGUAUUCUCAUGUCAUCCUCUCCUUGACAGGAGUGAAGGAACAGAAACUGAUGUGCAACGGGCAUCUCGAAUCACUGCUCAGGGUUUGACAUUUCUUAGGAGUCUAGCGGAGAGUUUACCCAGUAGUGAUUCUAGAGUACUUCAGGUAACUGGGGCAUUUUUCGCCCUAGUGAGACGCCUUUUAGAGCUUGAUUGGCAAGACGUUGUAAACAAGAAUUUAAUGCUUUUAUCUUUAUCUUAUCUGGACAGUAGUAAUCGUUUCAUCUGUCAAAGUGCUGCGGAUGUUUUAUUGUUAUCUUCUAAGGAGGAAGCCUUUGGGGAGCUUAGCUUACAGAAGGCACUUAUUCCAAAAGUCAUUUCUCUUGUCAGGCGAAAAGAACCGUUCUGGGAAAGCUUAGGUGCCAAGCGUUUUACAGCUCUUAUCAAAAUGGUUUUUGCUAGAACUGCACCUCUUGAUCGGAAUGCCUUAAUGAGUCGGGUUUUUGAGGCAUUCUUCGAGGGUUUGCCUUGGGACACUUCUUUUGCUGUUGAGACAUGGGCAUUGUGCUUACAGGAGUUGCUGAAAUAUACUUUUUCUGACUACUUCACUGAACAGGGCUCUACAGCAAAAGUGGAGAUGGUGGAAAAGGCUUUAGAGAAGAUUUUGCACCUCACAGAGCAGUUCGCGAGCGAUAAGAAUUACCAGAUAGUGAACAGAUUAUCGUCAUUAUUUCUUGUAAUUACUAUUGAUCAGGUCUCUUCAAACGCGGAUGUGCUUUUGUGGUUACGUAGAUUAAUACUGGUUUUGAUUGAAAAGUUGCCACAGGCGGAAUCAGCAGUUAUUAAUAUUUUAAAGAAGGUGGAUGUUAAGCUGUGGUUACAGCUUACAAAGAUGGUCUUAAGACAUAAAUAUUGUACAUCGGAGUUAGUUAUAAAGAUCGUUGAGACUUUUGAUCGGGAUCUUCUGCAUGAAGUCGAUGCUGAGGUACCUCUAAUGCGUAGAAUUGUUGAGAGGCUCAACUGGGACGACGAAAAUAACUCUGUGAAACUUCUAGCCUCAUUGAUGAGGGUGUAUCAGAUUAAAUUUUCUUAUAAUGAGUUGUGCGGUUUGGAUUUUCAAGAUUAUUACAAAGUAGAUUCUCCAACUGCUUGUCUGCGUUUAGUAAAAGCUGCAUUACACUUAAAUGAUCUAGCUUUGUUAACAACCGGUUAUCCAGCUGUAUGGGAACGAGCUGUUAAAGAAGCAUUGCGUUCAGUCCAUCCUGAUCAAACUAAACUGUUUCUUGGAAUUUUUGAUUUUGCUUUGGAUUUUCCUUCCUCGGAAACACUGAUUUCGCAGUUUUUCGAAGAGAAUCAUAUUGAAAGCCUGGACCUUCUUCUUCAGUUGGCCGAAAAAGUGAAAGGAAAGGGUUUUUUGAAAAUCCUUUCUAAAGUUUCUGAACUGGUACUGGAGCUUCUUAUAGCUAAUCACGUUCCCGAGGUUGUUGUCGGCGGAUCUUUAGUAAAUAAAGCUUUUGAAGAUGUCAUUGAAGAAUCUUUGAAGAAGCUCUCAGAAUUAGGCUGUGGCGAGGCUUCAGUCAACAGUUUUGUUAACCGUCGUCUGCGGGAAGGGACUCCUUUGAAGAGUGUUCCAAUGCUUCUCUCGCUAUCGCGAAGAUUAGAUCGGGAUUCAUUCUCUCUCUCAGUGGCUCGCCUUGAAGAUUUUCAUGAACAUCUUUAUAGUUUGGAUUCUUUGUUUGGUGUAGAGAUCUUGAUCGGCAACGAAUUCUUGUGUGCAGAAUGGGAACAGUGUAGCCGGGUUUGGAAGGAGCGUUCCGUUUCUUUACAAAGCGUUCUUUAUUCUGUGCUGAGUGAGUCACUUUUUCUAAUGGGUUAUGUCGAAGACAUGGGUUUUGAUACCGAACAGAUUCAGGAUUAUUUUCUUUCAUUGCUCUUUAUUAUUGUCGUAUCAUCUCUUCCAUUGACGAAAAUUGUGGGAACAAUAUCCAUCGACUUGUCUUCGCAUGAAGAGCUAAAGAGAAAAAGUGACAGACUAAUAUUGAGUAAUUUAGCGCUGAAACGUCGUUUGUUAGAGUAUUCGAAGCCAUUAACGACUGAAUUUGCUUCGUUGAGUCUUCUACUUGGUUUGCGGACACUUUGUUCGGGAUUGAAUCUUUGCAAGUAUGUCGCUCUUCCGAAAACUAUUUCUGAGGAAGUCAAGCAUAACUUGUACGCUUACGCAGCUGCCAUUCGUACGCAAGGUGAGGAAGGUGGAGUGCGGUUUAACUAG